AUGGCUUUGAAGCGCAUUAACAAGGAACUCACAGACCUGGGACGUGAUCCUCCCUCAUCAUGCUCUGCCGGCCCCGUCGGCGAGGACCUGUUCCACUGGCAAGCCACAAUCAUGGGUCCUAGCGACUCGCCGUACUCUGGAGGCGUAUUCUUCCUCGCCAUCCACUUCCCCACAGACUAUCCCUUCAAGCCUCCCAAGGUUAACUUCACCACUCGCAUCUACCACCCCAACAUCAACUCGAAUGGCAGCAUUUGCUUGGACAUCCUGCGUGACCAGUGGAGCCCUGCUCUGACCAUCAGCAAAGUCCUCCUGUCCAUCUGCUCCAUGUUGACAGACCCCAACCCCGAUGACCCUCUUGUCCCCGAGAUCGCACAUGUCUACAAGACAGACCGCCCCCGAUACGAGGCAACUGCCCGCGAGUGGACUCGCAAGUAUGCCAUCUAA